AUUCUGAGCUGUGAGGAGCUUGAAAAUCCAAUUCCUCCAAAGACAGUUGCUGAGAUCAGAAAGUCUAAAACCUUUGACAGCCCAAACUCUGAGAAAGAUGAAGAACCAAGUUCACCAAAAGCGACUGCAGACAUUUCAAACUGUGAAAGUGUUGAGUCCAAACACUGUCCGAAUUCUGAUGAAAUUCAGAAUUUAAGUUCACCGGAGAAGGGAGCGACAGUCAAGAAAAGCAUAGACUUCAACAGAUCAAGCUUUCUAGAAGAAUAUAAUUUCAGUCCUGCAGAAAAGGAAACACUAAUGAAAAUUGCUAUUCCUGAAAUUCUCGAAAUCUGGCUGGAGGAGUCUGCCGAAGACUUUCGUCAAGUUCCAACUUACUCUUGUCUCCGGAAGGUACUUUCCUACUUGAACCAGACAGUGCCGGGGUCAGAUGCUGAACAUCGGGCCCAGAAACUCCUGAGUCGGUUUUUGGCGGAGGAAACAGCGGAGAAAGAGAUGUUCAAAGGCUACCGUAGAAGAGUCAGAUUCUAUGUGGGAGAAGAACACGACCAAACCAUCGAACAAGUUGACGAAAAGCUCCUGUCCUACCCAUCACGCUUCAUUGCAGAGCAGCUGACUUUUAUGGAUGCUGUGAGUAAACAGGAGUCUGGCGGCCAGUCAUUCUGA